AGUGGGGGUGGGGAGGGGAGUCCACAACAAGGAAGAGAUUAUCUUUAAAGGUCUGUUAGCUGUAAAUAGUGUGAUUUCUGAUCUGUCGUUAUUUCCACUAUACUAUGGACCCAUUCCAAGUCUUGGGUCCUGGCUCUGCUUCAGGAGCCAACUCAAGAACUCAAAACUUUGGGAAAGGAAUUUCACCUCUAGUUCUUGGUUUCCUCUUGUAAAAUGAGUCCCUUGUGCUAAAUCAAGGCUUCUUAAUCUGGAGGCUGGAAAGACUUCAGGGGGUCUGAACUUAGAAGAGGGGAAAUUUACUUAUUUUCACUAACCUUUAAGUUACAUUUGGCAUUUCCUUCAGUGUAGGCAACAAAAACUUGGUAUGAAAAGAUCUGAAAGCACCAAAUUGUCAAAGGGAUCCAGAUACAAAACCCCCUAGAUUUGCUAUCUAGAGUCCUUAACAUCUCUUGCCAUUCAAGGAUGGAUUUUAGGAUCAUUAACCUCCUUCUCCAGUUUGCCUCAUUUCUCUUGAGGUUUCCCCAUUCCAAAUAUUAUACCAUAAAGUGAACAUAGUAGGGGAAAUGGCAGGAAUGUGAUGAAAAGUUAAGGUCUUGGAGGGGAGGGUCUCGGCACUUUCCUUUGAGCUAGGUGCUCUGGAGCCAGUGAAAUUGGAAGGAACCUUGUUGAAGCUUCCCUUCCUCUUAACCCUACUUCAGACUUAAAGGGCUUUCAAUGCUUCACUAUCUAAAUACAAGUGGUGGGCUGACUUCUCCCCCAAACCCUUCCAUCAAUUACCGGUUGCUGUUUCCUCUUUACAAUACACUCCUUAUCAGCAGUCUAGGGCAUUUUCCAAAAGUAAAUUAAUCCAACAUCCUAUUGGGGCAGCUGGGUACCGGGGAAGGAUGGGGACUUUCCCGUAUUCCCUAAUUAGGGGACAUGUCUUUUGGCGAAGAUCCCGGAGAACCAGCCUUGAACCUUUGCAGGGCUCUAGACCUCCGGAGUUACUCUCGCUGAGGUUUUCUCAGUUUGAAACCUUGGCUUUACAACCCUAAGUGACCCUCACUCAGACUGACCACUCCCUCGGCAGCCCCCUUCCUGGACUCCCGCCCUCCCUCAAAAUUGCUGCCCCUCCCGCUCGCGGGACAGGAAGUGUCCGGGCAGGGGUGGGGGCCUGGGCGGUGGCCGGUGAUUGGCAGCGCAGGACUCCAAUGGGCCUCAGAGCCCACCCCCUUACCCCCAUUCCCCAGCUCCGCCGGGACCGGAGGGCAAGAGCCGGCCCCGCUCUGCCCUCGGGGGCGGGGGGCCGGAGGUCAGAGGCGGAGGAGGGAGCGGGCGGGCAGGCGGCGGCGGCCGCGUAAGAUGAGCAGCAGUUGCUCUGGCCUGGGCAGGGUCCUGGUGAUUGUGGCUGCAGCCCUAGUGUCUGUCUCUCCUACCGGCCCAGAGGCUUGGGGUCCCCCAGGCGUCCAAUACGGGCAACUCGGAGAGACCGUUGUGCUCUUGUGUCCAGGAGUGGCCCCUGGGACACUGAUUUCCUGGCAUCGGGCCAAUGGCCGUGCACUCCUGGGGGCAGCGAGGUCAGAGUUAGGGCUGGGACAACAGGAACUGGUCCUGGAGCGGGCAGAGAACAAAGACGAGGGCACCUACAUCUGCCAGUCCCAGGACGGGGGGGCUGCGGGCUCUGUGACGCUUCAGCUGGGCUACCCCCCGUCUCGUCCCAUGGUUUCCUGCCGGGCUUCCGACUAUGAGAAUUUCUCCUGUUCUUGGAGUCCCAGCCGGGUCAGUGGGCUCCCCACGCGAUACAUUGCCUCUUACAGAAAGAAAAUCAUCCUUGGAACAGAAAGAGGAAGGCCAGCGCUGUCUGCCGAUCCCCGGCCGUGCUCUCUGGAACUUCCUGGGGCUACCCGGUGUGUGGUCCACGGCUCUGAGUUCUGGAGCCAGUACCGGAUCAAUGUGACAGAGGUGAACCCCCUGGGAGCCAGUGCCCGCCUGCUGGAUGUGAGCAUGCAGAGCAUCUUAAGGCCAGACCCCCCCCAGGGACUUCGAGUGGAACCAAUUCCUGGGGCUCCUCGACGCCUGCUGGUCAGCUGGACCUACCCAAGCUCCUGGCCCCUCCAACCCCACUUUCUGCUCAAGUUCCGACUGCAGUACCGCCCGGUGGGCCACCUGACCUGGUCCAUGGUGGAGCCGGCUGGGCUGGAGGAGGUGAUCACUGACGCCGUGGCUGGGCUGCCCCACGUGGUGCGCGUCAGUGCCCGAGACUUCCUCGAUGCUGGCACUUGGAGUGACUGGAGCAAGGAGGCCUGGGGGACCCCGAGUCCUGCCCCGGCUGCCUUUGGCCCGAGCGCCAGACCCAGCGAGAGGCCUUCGGAGACCGCGACUCAGGUGCAGGCACAGACUGAGAAGGAGCCAGGGAGACCUACUCUCCCUAGGCCUUCUCUGCAGCCCAACUCUCAGCCACUAACGGAGCCCGGAGACCCCCUGGAGCAGGUGGCCGUGGUGACGUCCCUAGGAGUCUUCUCUUUUGUGGGCCUGGCUGCUGGCGCCCUGGCGCUCCUGCUCUGGCUGAGGCUGAGAGGCCACAGGAAAGGGGCUGCCCCUAAGCCUGGAUUCUUGGCUCCGAUGGUGCAGGUGAAGACCAUGCCUGUGGCUUAGGUCCAGUAGUGAGCUUUGGAGGAUCUCAUCCCUAGUAGGAUCUUUACAGUCAGCACCAGUGUGGAAGGGCGGCCGGAGUUUCUGCAAGGACUGCCGACUCCCCUCCAACUUCACCGUCUUGAGGGGCCAUUGUUUGGGGUUCAUUUUUGUGGGACUCACAGUAUCCCUAAUACUUGCUAUUCAGUGGGUGGUGAACAACUCCUUAGUCACAUGAGGCUCUUGCAACACCCCCCCCCCCCCCCCCCCCCCCCCCCCCCCCCCCCUUUCGCACUCUACCCUGCCGGCUCUGCAAGGGGGACAGACUUCCCUCAAACAUCUGGGGCCAUGCAGGACACCAGAGAAAGACACGUGAGGCCAGGGGAAGUUUCUGGGUACCUGUGGGAAAUACCCGCGUGUGUCUGUGUGUCUGUGUGUCUGUGGGUAGGACUCUGGGGAGGAGCCAGGUGGCUAACACAGCUUUCUGAAGACUACUUGUACCUGUGGUGGUUGGGACAUGUCCCUGUGUAAGCCUCCCUUCUCUGUGUGUGAGCAUUGGAUGCUGGUGGGAGAGGAAGCUUGGAGGAGGAGAGAAUAUUGCUGCCAUGUAUCUGUGUGAAUAAAGGGAAUUAGGUGUUCUUUGUCA